CCGCGUUACUCUCCUUCAUUUAAUUGGUUGAUGGAAAGAUCGAAAAUGUGUAUCAAAGUACUCCACUUGGGCUCUUCCCCUUUUGUCGAUGGCUCGAGUUCAAAAUGGGUCGGUAGUGGAAUGAGAAAGGAUUAACCCUCGGGAAGUAACGAUGGAGCAAAUUUAUCACGGAAUUCAUGCUUUCAAUGAGUUAGGCCUGGGCCGAGGGAAAGAAAAUCUUCCCCUACCAAUAUGGGACUUAAGGAUUUCUUUGACUAAAACAAAACGUACGGCUAAUGACUAUCUGAUUCUUUGAAAAACUGCCGGCGAGAACUUAACCAUAUAUGGCAGCACUUUUUUUAAUAUAAAUAUAACAAUACAUAUUUCAGUAAAUUAUUAAAACCCCAUUUCAUACAUCCCAAAAAAAAAAAAAAAAUUCCAAGAAGCCGUGAAUGAUAAACAAAUAAUAGCCAUGAAUGGGGAAUGACCCGUGGAAUCGUUGAUUGCUAUCCACAAAAGAGACAGUCAGAGAGCAAGAGACACGCAGACCACAAAAGUGUGAACUUUGCAGCAGUUGUUAUCAAUUGAUUUAAUUUCUAUUGGAGAGGUUCGGAGUAUUUUCGAGGGCUCUCUCUUUUGCCCCUAGUUUAGUUUGUCUGGCUUAAAAGGCCUAUCUUCCGCUUCCCAUCCUCUUUCUCUUCACUUCUAUUCUCUUCACACUCAUCUAAGACCCUCUAAGAAGGGAAGGGAAAGAAGGGGUGCUAAGAAGCUGGCUGCUUUCUGCAUUUCUGUUCCCAUGGCUUGCAAAAUCUCAGAUUCUAUGUUCCUUUGCUUGGGUCCUACUCAAAGGCCAAUUAGGAGUCAAAGAAUUGCUACCCAUUCAUCUGCAGCAAGUAGCAGUCAUUUGAAGUGGGAAAGCCUUCCCCUCAAGGGAAUUAAUCAUAAAAAGGGUUUAAUUCCCAUGAAAAGGACUAAGGUCAUACAAGCUGUCGCAGUUCCAGUAACACCAUCUUCAGCAGACAGUACUGAGUACGGAAAACAGUUAGCAGAAACAUAUGGCUUCAGGCAAAUUGGAGAACCACUUCCUGAUAAUGUUACAUUGAAGGAUGUUAUAGACACCCUUCCAAAAAAGGUGUUCGAAAUUGAUGAUGUCAAAGCAUGGACUUCAGUUUUAAUAUCUGUCACUUCCUAUGCAUUGGGGAUCUUCAUGAUUUCAAAAGCCCCAUGGUAUCUACUUCCUUUGGCUUGGGCAUACACAGGGACAUCAAUAACUGGGUUCUUUGUUAUAGGCCAUGAUUGUGCUCACAAAUCAUUUUCGAAAAACAAAUUGUUGGAAGACAUUGUGGGAACUCUGGCCUUUCUACCACUAAUAUACCCAUAUGAGCCAUGGCGUUUUAAGCAUGACAGGCAUCAUGCAAAGACAAACAUGCUAGCUGAAGAUACUGCUUGGCACCCGGUUUGGGAAGAAGAGUUUGAGACUUCUCCUUUUUUACGCAAGGCAAUUAUCUUUGGGUAUGGCCCAUUUCGGCCUUGGAUGUCCAUAGCUCACUGGUUGAUCUGGCACUUUGAUGUGAACAAGUUCAGACUGAACGAAGUCAAAAGGGUGAAGAUCAGUUUGGCUUGUGUUUUUGCAUUUAUGGCAAUCGGAUGGCCACUGAUCAUCUAUAAGACAGGAAUCAUGGGAUGGAUUAAGUUUUGGCUAAUGCCAUGGUUGGGCUAUCACUUUUGGAUGAGUACUUUCACAAUGGUGCAUCACACUGCUCCUCAUAUACCCUUCAAAUCUUCAGAUGAAUGGAAUGCAGCUCAGGCUCAGCUGAAUGGAACAGUGCAUUGCGAUUACCCUCGUUGGAUUGAGAUCCUCUGCCAUGAUAUCAAUGUUCACAUUCCCCAUCAUAUUUCUUCAAGGAUACCAAGCUAUAAUCUGCGAGCAGCCCAUAAGUCUAUUCAAGAGAAUUGGGGACCGUAUCUGAACGAGGCUACGUGGAAUUGGCGUUUGAUGAAGACAAUAAUGACAAUGUGCCAUGUUUACAACAAGGAGCAAAAUUACAUUGCUUUUGAUGAACUUGCCCCUGAAGAAUCUUCUCCAAUUACAUUUCUCAAAAGAGUAAUGCCUGAUUAUGCUUGAUUCUUUUAACACCUAGGGGUCCAUUGCUUUUUAGUUCUUCCAUAUAUGUUAGCCUCCACAUUUUGGGUCAAAUUAGGUAUGCUAUUCCAGUUUCAUAAGUGUUCAUUCGAAAGGUGAAUCAUUCUUUUUUAACAUUUACUAUUUAAUAGAAGAAAGUAACAUAGAGGAUGUUUCCUGGAAAAUUUCCCAUCUUCAAUACAGUAAUUUGUUAUGGUGAAAGAUGUCUGCUCAUUAGAUGAACCGGAUCCUUAAAAACUGAUUCCUAUUAAACUAUCUAAACCUCAGAGAAUCUUUGCUGUAAAAUGAUUUUGUAAAUUUUCUCAUUUUUGGUUAGAUUGACCCAAUCUGUCAGUACUUUGCUUAAACAAAUACUACAGCACUGAAAAACAUAAACGAUUAGGAUCACAUUGGUUGGCACCAGUAGCCGUUAUGGCUGACAGUGAUUUUCAUCCAGAGUAUUGUCAUUUAAAUAUAUGUUCCGGACAUUUGAGCUUCAAGUGCUAACUAAUUACAAACCUAAUCCUAGAUACCAUAUUUUAUUCAUUUAUGUAAGAGAAAGAGAAGAGAUAUUAUAUUCCCCUCUUUGGGGCUAUUUGAAUUGGGAUCUAUUCCCCGUUUAGGAGAUUAACAUUCAUCAACGGUGGAGAUCCCAAAUAAGCAGAGUCUGGAACUUGUAAACAACUGGUGGAUGAACCAUGUUCACGAAUGACCAACACUAGUGAAGGCAGGAAGCAGAGUUUGUUGUGGUUGGCAUUAUCAUUAGUAGAUUUGAUGUACCCGAAAAAGCCUCUCGAGAUUGAAUGUAGAUUUAAAAUUGUAUCUAACCGAAACUCAUCUGAAACUAAAGUAGUUAGCCACUAACCUGUAAGAUAGUAGAGAGGUGCAACGGCUCAUAUGGAACAGGCAUCUCUUUUUUUUUUUAACCAAACACAAACACAAACGUUGGACCUGUGAGAUUCAUAAAAUGAAAAGUUGCAAGGAAACCUUGAUGAAUACUUGGCCAAAAGAGGAAAAGAUAUCGUGGUUUGAUUCCGAAGAAGAAAAGGAAGUGAAAAUCUUAGUUACCUUUUGCCAGUUAAAAAAGAGGAAAAAUAACAACAAUUUGAUGAAUUAGACUCUUUUGCUAAAGAUUAUUUCAUCUGUAUCUCUAGAAGUGAAAACUUUAAC